AUGGCCAAGGCCAAAGUUCCCAAGGAAGGAAAGAACUCAAAGAGCCACCUGAAAGCCCGUCUGGAAUACCUACAGGGCGCAGCCGAAUAUUUUCAGAGUGUCUCAAAGUUUCCAGCUCAAGCUGGAGCAGCUAUCACUGAUGAUGCAACCGUGGUCGACAAUGGGGCUGAUGAGCCGUUUGCACCCAAAGACACCCCAAACACCCAUGCAGGGAAGCCAAUAUCUGCUUCAAAGGGCCAGGGCUACCGGAUUGCCAAUAAGACUCUCGCCAACCUGUCGAGAGUGUCUAUCUCCCAUAUGCGCGGGGUAUCUUUGAAAACACAGACCCGGUUGCCGGUGCCAGUGAAGAGAUCAUAUUGCAAGCGCUGCGAUACCCUUAUGUUACCAGGAGUUAACUGCACGCACGAGGUGACCAAUGCCAGCCGGGGACGCAAAAAGCCGUGGGCCGAUGUACUGGUUGUGCGCUGCCUCGUUUGCAGCACGGAAAAGCGCUUUCCUCAUACAGACCGGAAAAGCAAGAAGCUGAAGGAACGAAAAGACGUGUCUCAACCGCAGGACCAGACCGAUGUUCCAUGA